AUGGGGAUCGGGGAGUUCUUCACGCCCGCGUUUCAGUUUCGAGGAGGGAAGGGUAAGGUGAAGCGCGGAGACCUCUCUGUCGCCAUGUCCCACCUGCUUGCAUGGCGGUCAGUGGCGCAGGGGAAUCAUUGUUUGCAUCCUCCGUCGAGAUCCUCUGACGACUGCUGGGUGUUGAUCCUGGAGGAUGACGUCAAGCUGAACAUUCCUGAUACUUGUCUGCUGCGAGGAGGAGGGCAAACGAGAAUCAAGCUCGACCCUCUCCCUCCGGACGCGGACAUGGUCCUCCUCUUCCCAUCACGGCUGAUCAAACAAGACUGCUCGUCACACCCAUCAUGCGAAAUGUUCAGCGAGGUGAGCGACGGGUCUGGCCUGAUUGGCUACGUGGUUUCACGGCGAUCUGCCAAGAAGCUUGUCCGCGUCUUUGAGCAAGUGAAGCUGAGGAUGCCGAUCGACCUGCAGAUCUACAAGCUACCGGGCAUCUCUGUCUUCGCAUCCAAGGCUGACUGGAUUCUCCAUCAGGACAACAUCCCGUCUGAUCGGAUCGCCCAGAAUGGACUUGCUGAGUGA